AUGUCUCUCCCAAGUACCGCAUCAUCCCCGGAUCCUGCGACAAGCCCUCCUGGCGAGGAUAUCGAUCUGCCUCACGAGCGGGACCAACAGACAGACCGUCGCGAGAGUGACGCCCCCAUUGAAGCCAGCUCAGCCCCCAUCGUCCUCGAUUCCGAUUCCGACCCUGAUGUUACCGAUUUGUCCACACCCCCAACACAUAAUGCCCCCGCAGAACAAACUCGGACUCAAACACACCCCGGUGAAGCGGCCGGCCGCGAAACCUCUGUCAGAAGCCUGCCCCAUAGAUCUGCCCCUCCAGCAGAACAUCGUUCGCAAAAUCGGCCCGAACUGGCAGGAGCAACAUACGAUACAGCAAUAGAUAUUAGCUCUUCACCUCCGGCGCUGAACAGGGUGGAGCGAGUUCCCCGUUCACCGGCAUCCUUGUCUCGAAGGGUAUCACAAAGAUCUAGCUAUAUCGGCGACGAAUACCCCGCACCGCAAAGAGGUCCUCCAUCCGCUGCAUCUAUCUUCGAUGUCGAUAUGGCUCAAACAAAUUGGUCUGGUAAUACCCCGGGUCGAUCUCAUGCUUUCGGGAGAAGGUCAUCCCGAGAUAAUCUAGAAGCGCCGGGAACAUAUGGCGGUUACAGAUUUCCUGAUAUGACUCCGUCUCAUAAUGGCGCGGUCGAGGGAGGCAGCCGGGAGCCAGUAUCCCGAAGAAGACCGUCAUCCAUGUUCAUGCCCCACCCUUCGCGAGAUUUGGUCGAUGGCUUCGAAAAUAUGAUGUACGGAAUGUCGCCUACUUCUACCAGACGAUUUUCAGGAGGAUCACCGCGCCAUUACUCCGAUAUUGCCGGGCCGCCACGGCGUCAAAGCUCGGAUUUUUAUGACCCCAGCACACGCAACAGGUCCUUUUCCGAUCGAUACCCAGGCGAGUCUUCUAAUCUAUCGCGGCCAGGUGCCCACCAGCGAUAUUCGAGUAUGAGCACGCCGAGGUGGCAGGGCGCCGAGGGACCUAGUCGCAAUCGUCGCGACAGAGGUCCAUUGCCUAUCUCAGGGCAGACGCAGCGAAACACGACUCUCGACGAGAUUUUCCAAGAUGUUAGUCUUCCGAGGUGGCAACCCGACUCGGAGGUAUCAAGCUGUCCAAUUUGCGGGACAAUUUUCAGCUUCUGGCAUCGGAAACAUCAUUGCAGAAAGUGUGGCCGAGUCGUCUGUGCUGCAUGCUCGCCUCAUCGGAUUACAAUCCCCCGACAGUAUAUUGUUCGGCCGCCGGAAUCCACAACUACUCCGCCUCCUGGCUCCUCGCCAUCCUCCUCAUCUAAUGUAGUCGAUCUGACAGGCGAUGAGGCCCCGACCUCGAACUCUGCCCUCAAUCCUGCCCUGGGAGGCGGGGAAGAAGUUCGUCUUUGUAAUCCUUGUGUGCCAGAUCCCAAUCCCAAUCCGCUGGGAUACGAGGCUCUACGCCAACAUGGUCACCGCUCCACCCAUUCCUUGUCAUCCACGAUGGGAGGCACCUGGACGCCCGAGAGCCGCAGUUCACGACACGGCCGACUCACCGUUGGUGCGAAUGAUCGUCCUUCGACCCUGGGAGGACUCCGCCAGGAUGUUCAGCGAUCGUUCCAAGCUCCGCCAGGAGAACGAACCUCACGAACCAGCUCGAUAUAUCCGAUAUUCAAUCCACCACAGCAAGCACAGCGUCCCUCGGCAGUUUCAGAAUGCGAUCUCUGUCCCAUCUGUGGCAAUCGAUUCCCACCACUAGACGACGAACAUCCCGUCGAAGCCCGUGAAGCGCAUAUCCGGCAAUGCAUCGAUGGAUACGGGGCAAGCCGUGAAUCCCCCGUCAGUCAAGGUCCCGCGGAGGGCCCGGCGCAGCAGGCUCCGUUGCAGUCUCCUCCCAUCGCUCGCAUGCUGGCAUUCACCGCGACGGAGAAGGACUGCCUUGGCGACGAUGGUGCGGUAGCUGAGUGCACGAUCUGCAUGGAGGAUUAUGAGGUUGGGCAGGUCCUAGCCCGGUUGGAGUGUCUUUGUAAAUUCCACAAGGAAUGUAUUGUGGAUUGGUUUGGGAGGAAGGCUGAGUGCCCGGUGCAUAAGGUGUCAUACUAG